UUCAUCAUGAAGACUUCGUUGCUGUGUCUUGCUCUCGUUGCAGUGGUCGCUGCCGACAAGAUCCCAGACUUUGUCGUGCCGGGAAAAUGUCCUGCAGUAGACGAGAGAAUGCUGUACAGUCAACAGAAGCCUAACCAUCAAAGGUAUGCUGGCACAUGGUACGAAAUUGCUCUCACAAAUAACCCGUACCAACUGAUCAAGCAGUGUGUCCGCAACGAAUAUACCUUUGAUGGAACCAAGUUCAACGUUAGAUCCACUGGUACUGAUGCUCAUGGAAACGCAAUUACACGUAAGGGACAGGUUCUGCCGAAUCCUUUCGGAGAACCUCACCUCUCUGUAGACUACGAAGCAUCCUGGAUUGCUCCUUAUGUGAUUCUGGACACUGACUACGAAAACUUCUCGUGCAUCUAUAGCUGCUCUGGAUACAACUUCGGCUAUUAUUCGGACUUCGCCUUCAUCUUCUCCCGCUCACCAAGUCUCGCUGACAGAUAUUACAGGCGUUGUGAAGCCGCCUUCAUGAACAUCGGUGUUGACCCCUCUCGCUUCACGAAGACAACUCAGGGUGGAUCCUGCUCCUACAACACCAACUAUAGGUCUUGGUAGAAAAUCAGUAACGUACAUAUAAUGUAUAUGAUCGACUGUGAUGAAAUAAAAAUUUAAGUAUU